AUGCUCCGACGGGGAAUGUUCUUUGCUCAUCGUGAUUUCUCCGCAAUUCUCGAUCGAAAAGAGCAAGGAAAACCAUUCUUCUUAUACACUGGUCGAGGAGCAUCAAGUGGAAGUUUGCAUCUCGGACAUUUGGUACCAUUUAUGUUCACCAAAUGGUUGCAAGAGGUUUUCGACGUUCCAUUGAUUAUUCAAAUGACCGAUGACGAGAAGUUCUUGUGGAAAGAUUUGAAAGUUGAUGAGGCGAAAAAGAUGGCAAAGGAGAAUAUGAAGGAUAUUAUUUCGGUUGGAUUUGAUCCCGAAAAGACUUUUAUUUUCAAUAAUUUGGAUUAUAUGUGGUAAGAUUGACUUGUUUUCGAAAAAAACAUUAAAAAAAAAAGAAAACUUGCAGCCCACCAUUUUAUGAAAACGUUGUGAAAAUCUGGAAAAUCGUGAACGCCAAUCAAGCUCGAUCAAUUUUCGGAUUCUCACCGGAAGAUUGUAUUGGAAAAGGUGCAUUCCCAGCAAUUCAAGCUGCUCCAAGUUUUGCCUCGUCUUUCCCACAUAUUUUCGGAAAACGCAAUGAUAUUCCAUGCUUGAUUCCGUGUGCAAUCGAUCAGGAUCCGUAUUUUAGAAUGACACGGGAUGUUGCGCCGAGAUUGAAGGCAGCCAAACCUUGUUUGAUCUUUUCGUCUUUCUUACCUGCUUUACAAGGUUUGUUUUUUUUAUUGGAAACUCAUGCUAAAAUAAAUAGAAUUUUGGUUUUUAAAAAACUUCAAAGUUUUUUCAGUUUCAGCCAAAAGAAAUAUAACUUGUGAGAAAUUUUUUAAUUUUCUUUUGAAAUCAGAGGUUUUUAUCUCAAAAAUCCCUCCAAAAAUUUUUAAUUUCAAUUAGGGACUGUAUUACAUAAAGUUUACAAAACUUGAUGUGAACUCCAGAUUUGAAAAAAAUACAAAGUUUGACGAAAUUUCGAUUUUCCUUCUUUUCCCCAAAAUGAACCUCUCUAAAAAAUUUGCAAAAGAAAUGGGCCGAACCGGGGAUUGAACCCGGGACCUCUCGCACCCAAAGCGAGAAUCAUACCACUAGACCAUUCGGCCACGUUUCUCUUCAAUUUAUUUUUCCAAGAUCAAACCGCCGGAUAUUUUCUAUCCCUUCUUUUUUCUCCAUUCACAAUCAGACAGAUUUUUAUCUUCUUUUCCCUAUAAACUAGAUUUUUUCAGGUGCCCAAACGAAGAUGAAUGCAUCCGAACCAAACACUUGCAUUUAUUUGAGUGAUACACCAAAACAAAUCAAAAAUAAGGUGAGAGUUAGCUGAACUUCUGAUAAGUCAUAUAUUUUUGCAGAUUAAUAAAUACGCAUUUUCGGGUGGUCAACAAACUGUUGAAGAGCAUCGUGCAAAGGGUGGAAACUGUGAUGUUGACAUUAGCUAUCAAUUUUUGAAAUUUUUCUUGGAAGACGAUGAAAAAUUGGCCGAAAUUCGUGAGGUAUGUUUUUAUGAGUCCAUUGAACAACUAUUGGUUUUAAUUUCAAAACUAGAAAAUAAGUUUAUUGAACUGAACACUGAUCAUUAAAAAUUGAAAAUUUCCCACGUUAGUUUAUCGUUUCAAGAAAAAAUUUUCUUCGAAAUCCAUUUUUUAUUGCAAGAAACACGAAAAAAGUUCAGAUCAUGACGUGAAUUUCAAAUAAUUGUAAUGUGAAACACUCUCGAAAAUAAUCCGCCCUCACUUUUUUUUGUCUGCCUACCCCAAACCCAUGAAUGUUUUAUGACGUUUUCAUUUCAUACCGAAAUGGGUUUUAUGGUCGGCUUUACACCCCAAUUCCCUUUUUUGUUCUAGCUCUCAAUAUCAAAAAAAAUACACAUAUAGAGAGAAAAAAGGUGCCGCUUGGAGAUGAAGCUUUGUUUUUGACCACUUUUGCAAAUUAUAGAGAAUAUAUGUUUUUUGGGGAGGAUUGGGUGGUAAUUAGUUGAUAUUUGGAGAAGAAAAAGUGAUGUGAAAUUAUAGAUUUUCUGAUUUGGAAAAACAAUUGGAUCAUUUUGGGAACUUGGCCGAGAAUUUGAGAUAUUUUUGGAACUUUUUUUGGGUAAAAAUUUCUUUCAGAAAAAUCUAUCGGUCUCAAACAUUGAGAUUCAACUUGACUUUGAUCAACCUCCCCUCAAACAAUAAGUUUUCAUUUUCUAACCUGAUCUCAUAUUUUCCACUCAAAAUUCCGAAUUUCUUUAAAAAUCGAAAAUAGCCACUGAGCUUGGCCCGUUUCAAACAAAAAAUAAAAAUAGAAAAACUUCUCUCCGUAAUUCAAAACAUGUUCAAAUGAAUUAUUUAGAACACCCUCCCCUGCUGUUUUUUUCGGCAUAAUUUUUUACUUUUUCCCCCGUCAAAAAAAAAAGAUUUAUUCCAGAAAUAUACAAAAGGCGAAUUGUUGUCGGGAGAAUUGAAAGCAUUGGCGACUGUUGAAGUGAAUCGAGUUGUUGGAGAAAUGCAAGAACGAAGAAAAAAAGUGACGGAUGAGGAUGUUGAACUUUUCAGCAAAGUUCGACCACUUGCUUUUAAAUUUUAA